CGGAGGAGGAGGAGGAUGCUGCGGCAGGCGAUCCACCGCGGGCUCCGGUCGUUCUGCCGCCAGCUGGGCUUGUUCGUCAGCCGGCACCCGGUGUUCUUCCUCACGGUGCCCGCAGUCCUGACCCUCAUCUUCGGCUUCAGCGUCCUCAACCGCUUCCAGCCUGAGACGGACCUAGAGCUGCUGGUGGCCCCGAGCCACAGCUUGGCCAAGAUCGAGCGGAGCUUAGCCAACAGCCUCUUCCCGCUCGACCGCUCCAAAAGCCAGCUCUAUUCGGACUUGCACACCCCGGGGAGGUAUGGCCGGGCGAUCCUCCUCUCCAAGCCCGGGGCCAAUGUUUUGCAUCAGGCUGAAGGACUGCUGCAGAUCCACCGAGCCGUGCUGGAAAUGAAGGUGAACCACAAAGGCUAUAAUUAUACUUUUUCCCAUCUGUGUGUGUUGAGAAAUCAGGAUAAGAAAUGCGCGCUGGAUGAUAUAAUUUCAGUGCUAGAGGAUCUGAGGCAGGCUGCCCUCUCCAAUAAGACAACAGCCAGGGUGCUACUCAGCUAUCCCAACACUAAAUUAAAGGAUGGAAGAAGCAGUUUUAUUGGUCAUCAGCUUGGUGGGGUCAUGGAAUUGCCAAACAGCAAGGACCAAAGGGUCAAGUCGGCCAGAGCCAUCCAGAUCACUUACUACCUCCAAACUUACCAUUCCGCAGCUCAGGACCUCAUUGGUGAAAAAUGGGAGACUGAAUUUUGCAACCUGAUGCACAAGCUGCAGCUGCGCCACGAGGACCUUCAACUCUAUGCCGUCGCUUCCUUCAGCCUGUGGAGGGACUUCCACAAGACCAGCAUCCUGGCAAGGGGCAAGAUCUUGGUGAGCCUCAUGCUCAUUCUGAUGGCUGCGAUCCUUUCCAGCUCCAUGAAGGACUGCCUUCGCAGCAAGCCCUUCCUCGGGCUCUUGGGAGUACUCACUAUUUGUAUCGCCAGUGUCACUGCGGCAGGGAUAUUUUUCAUUACCGAUGGAAAGUACAACUCGACUCUGUUGGGAAUCCCUUUCUUCGCAAUGGGUCAUGGAACGAAAGGAGUGUUUGAGCUUCUGUCAGGAUGGCGCCGAACCAGAGAAAAUUUGCCAUUCAAAGACAGAGUUGCAGAUGCCUACUCCGAUGUAAUGGUCUCCUACACAAUGACAAGCUCUUUGUACUUCAUAGCCUUUGGCAUGGGUGCCAGUCCUUUCACGAACAUUGAGGCUGUGAAACUCUUCUGCCAGAAUAUGUGCAUCUCGAUCCUGUUGAACUACUUCUAUAUCUUCUCCUUCUUUGGCUCCUGUCUGGUCUUUGCUGGGCAGUUGGAGCAGAAUCGUUACCACAGUAUCUUCUGCUGUAAAAUCCCCUCUGCAGAAUACCUGGAAAGGAAGCCUGUUUGGUUCCAAACCAUGAUGAGUGAUGGCCACCAACACUCUUCACAUCACGAGACUGAUCCAUACCAGAACCAUUUUAUCCAACAUUUUCUACGGGAGCAUUAUAAUGAAUGGAUUACCAACAUCUAUGUUAAGCCAUUUGUGGUGAUACUGUAUCUCAUUUAUGCUUCUUUCUCUUUUAUGGGCUGUUUGCAGAUCAGUGAUGGGGCCAAUAUUAUCAAUCUUCUUUCCAGCAAUUCUCCAAGUGUGUCCUAUGCUCUCAUUCAACAGAAGUACUUCAGCAAUUACAGUCCAGUGAUAGGGUUCUACAUCUACGAGCCUCUCGAGUACUGGAAUGGCACUGUACAAGAUGACUUAAAGAAACUGAGUGAAGGCUUUAACACCUUGUCCUGGCUUCAACAAUAUUAUCAAUAUCUGAGAGCUGGAAACAUUAGCACCACCAAUCAAAGUGACUUCCUUAGCAUCCUCCAAAAUUCCUUUUUAAGAAAGCCAGAAUUCCAGCACUUCAAAAAUGACAUCAUUUUCUCCAAGGCUGGAAAUGUGAAUAGCAUAAUUGCUUCCCGCAUGUAUCUUGUGGCUAGGACUAGUGAAAAAACACAAAGAGAUGUUAUAGAGUUACUGGAAAAACUAAGACCGCUGUCUCUGAAACAGAGCAUCAAGUUCAUAGUAUUCAACCCUACCUUUGUCUUCAUGGACCAAUACAGCCUAUCAGUAACUAUGCCUGUCUUGAUUUCAGGCUUUGGCAUCUUGCUGGUGUUGUUACUUACCUUUUUCCUGGUUAUUCAUCCUCUGGGGAACUUCUGGUUAAUACUUACUGUCACUUCAAUAGAGUUGGGUGUCCUGGGCUUGAUGACUUUAUGGAAUGUAGACAUGGAUUGCAUUUCUAUACUGUGCCUUAUUUACACUUUGAAUUUCUCCAUAGAUCACUGUGCACCCUUGCUUUACACAUUUGUACUAGCGUCUGAGCACACCCGAACUCAGUGUAUAAAAAGUUCACUUCAAGAACAUGGAACAGCCAUUUUGCAAAACGUUACUUCUUUUCUUAUUGGGUUGGUCCCUCUCCUUUUUGUGCCUUCAAACUUGACCUUCACACUGUUCAAAUGCUUGCUGCUCACUGGCAGUUGCACACUCCUGCACUGUUUUGUCAUUUUACCCGUCUUCCUAACAUUUUUCCCACCCUCCAAAAAGCACCACAAGAAAAAGAAACGGGCCAAGCGAAAGGAGCGGGAAGAAAUAGAAUGCAUAGAAAUUCAAGAGAAUCCUGAUCAUGUGACGGCCGUCUGA